AUGCAUCUCCUCCCGCUCUCCCUCCGCGACCUCCUCCCCCUCCCCGACGGCGCAAACGCCUCCGACACAGUCCUCGGCGGCGUCCACUUCAACCGCACUCUCCUCGACUUCUGGAACUACACCCUCUACUCCAACAACACGCUCUCCAACGGCUCAAACUGCUUCCUCACCCAGCAGCCCUACACCCCCGUCGCCCUCCUCCCCAACGGCUCCUUCGUCAACUCCACAUGGUGCUACGACCCCAUCCGCUCCAUCGGGCCCCGCGCAAAGGCCGGCGUCGCCAUCGGCGUCGUCUACGCCGUCGCCCUCAUGCUCAUCCUCGCCUGCCUCAAGAAGCACGGCCGCCAGUAUCUGCCCACCACGAAGCGCUUCUACCCCGUCGGCAAGCGCUGGCAGUGGUACUACGCCAUCCUCGUCUGCGUCGCCGCCUUCAUCAGCCUGUUCAUGACCAUCGACGUCGACCGCUUCUGGGUCGUCGGCCUGCCCAUCAUCAUCAAUAGCUUCUUCUGGUACCUCCUGCAGCAGUUCACCAUGGCGCUCGUGUGGGAGGCCAACUUCUUCCUCAUCAUCCCCCGCAACUGGGGCGAAAUCGAAAAGCAGCGCUCGCCAGACCAAACCGCCGCCCGCGCCGAGCCAAACGCAACAGACGUCCGCUUCAAAGUCGCAACCUUCUGCCUCGUAAUCUGCUGGCUCACCAUCGUCGCCUCCCUCCGCCACUCCAUCCUGCACUACUACCCCCGCAACCGCGGCGUCCUCAACAAAGCCCGCGGCUUCAUCCGCUACACCCCGCUGCGCUUCAAGCUCGUCAUCCCCCUCGCCGCCUGCCUCAUCGCCUACCAGGGCCUCGUCUCCUUCCGCUGGGACUACUCCGUGCUCAACACCCAGGCGAACCUCGCCGCCGUCUACGCCGGCGGCUACGGCCCCGCCCUGCUCAUCCUCUGCAUCCAGAUCGCCUACGGCUUCAUGUCGCCCAACGAGGACAAGGAGCUCAUGCGCCAGCGCCGCGUGCGCGAGGCCGAGAUCGACCACGACCUCGGCAUCGUCGCCAAGCCCGCCUGGUGGAAGCGCGUCACCCGCGACGACCACCUCGUCGGCAAGAUGUCCAUGCGCGACCGCAUCGCCCGCAACGUCCGCGAAGUAGGCGGCGUCCGCGCCCCCGCCACCCAGCAGCAGCAGCAGCAGCAGCAACAAGCCUACAACGACGCGCCGCCGGAGCAGCAGCAGCAGCGCGAGAUCGAGAUGGGCAACAUGGGCGGCAGCAGCUCCAACGCCUCGACGCCCGUACGGCCGGGCUUCGACGCCGCAAAGGGCUCCACCUUCUCCUCGUACGCCGGCAAGUCCGACCGGCGCCGCCAGGAGCGGACGAUGAACGCGGCCGCGGAGCUGCUCUUCCCCAACUCCGGGGCGGGCCGGCCGGACCGCGCAUCGGAGCUGAUGCAAGACGGCCCGCCGCCCUCGUACACCGACGCCCAGACCCGCGGCAGGUCGGACAACGCCUCGCUCAACUCCCUCAACCCCGGGGAGCGGAGUAACAGCACCAGCACGGCCGUCUCUGUCUCGGGGCAGCCGCAGCAGGUGAAGAGUAUGCUUGAUGUAUAA